AUGGCAGGACCAGCACUUCAACUAUUCCCUCCGCCUCGUGCUCCAAGACAGACGAGUCCUAACCGAAGACCAUCUCCACACACAAAACCAACAAGUCCAGAGCCAUUGCUGCCUGAGAGUGCAGUGAGCAACAAAUCUCCAGUUGACCUCCACGGACUCCUUAUACAGGUCAACUCUGUUCCAGUCUCUCCAUCCAACCCAAUGGCUCCCCCGCCAGCCAUUGCAGCUCCGCCAAGAGCACAUAUGCCCAACUCGCAGGCUACAACAGCGGUGUCACCAACGGGCAGGCCACACUUCGAGCCAACCCCUCAGCAAGCAGCCUCUCCGCAAAUUGAACGUCAAGAAAGCUUUUACCGCGCACAAGAACGUCCUGGGCAUAACCAGACUAGCGAUCAGCAACGUACCGCUAGCCCAGAUCCAACUCGCGCCAUCUCACCAGCAUUCUCUGAAGCUCAGACUCUGGUCCGAGCAAAUAGCUCUGCCACUCGAUGCGUCUCACCUCAAGAAGAGAUUCCGAUGCGAUCAAUGUUCCCCAUUUAUGAUCCUACCGUCCCCCUUGGACGUCAACCAUAUCAGCCAACGCAAACAUCGCCAACACAGAUACCCCGGACGCAAAUCAGUCGAUCGCCCUAUUCUUCCGAGUCGUAUGUUCCUCAUAGUAACGUUCGUUCGAGCAAUUCGUCAGCCCCUCCACCACCCAAGCCCUUCUUUACGCCGUCCAACCUACUCGACAACCUCUGGACGGCUACCAACGGACAAGAAGAGCCAAGUGUACAGAUAUAUACAUUGAGGAUGCAUCGAGCAACUGCCUCGAAUCCAACAAUCACGUUUGGUACGACGCCGUCCUUGCCAUUCUAUUCUGUAGCACAGUCGAAUCUGGCAGGAAAUCACGACAUACCCAGCAUUAUGAACGAAUUGCUUAUCCAACGGCAUCAUCCAACUCAGCCGCGAGUGCUGCCUAUUGCCCAACUCGACCUCAUCGCGCCGCCUUCAUUAGAUAGUGGGGCUUUCAGCCAAAAGCAGCACGAGGACACCACCAUGCUUACUAGCAUAUAUCCCAAGCUUGCCGCUCUCCAGGCACUCGAUGCGGCUGCCAAUUCUCCCGCUGCCUCGCGCAUAGCGCUUUCGGACCCUGGCGCGCAGUCUCCCGCUGCACAACGGCUGGCUGAAGACGUUUUGGCUGGUACUGCACAGCGCGAGUGCUGCGCCCUUGCCUGGACGAGGGAUAACCCUCAACAACAAGCAAAUCCUUGGGCGCAACAUAUGCCGUCAGAAGGAUCGUAUCAGUUGCACCAUCCGACAUUGGGCACGUUUCCUAUCUCUUUAGAGGGCGACUGCUCUGUCAUCAACGCACCUUCCACCAGACCUGUUACAGCGUUCUAUGGACAUAACAUGCCCAUGACACCGCAGAAUAUGGGACGGAAGCCCGCUUGCAUCACGGUAUUGAAUCCUUACAUUCUUUCUCCAACGACACCACGGACAAACGCUUUCUCCCCACUGCCACCACCUCCACGGUUGGAUGGUAUCAACCGACCAAUAUCCAUGACUCCGUCCGAGAUGUCGGUUGGCCAGCUUCCCACGACCACAGACGCCACUGCGGAUGAUGCUAUGCUCGCACGUCUCGAUUUCGCCAACGAUGCUCUGAUCCUCAAUCUUGGUGCUUUGACACGUUUCGGCAAUCCUUUCCUAGUUGAUGUUGUAACUUGCACGCUCCUGGCUGUUGCAGUGGCGGAAGCUACGCGCGGUCGCAAGACACGUAAUCGAAGUCAAGAGAACUUUGAGCCCCCACCACCGAGCUUCACCCUGACACAUCAGAAGGAAGACACAGCGAAAGCGUUCAAAGACUCCUUUGUCGAGGGCUUUCAAGGCAUCGGAGGAAAGUCACGACCACCGCUCUCUGGUAAAGGGCUGAAGAAGUUUGCUUCCAGCCUAAGAAGUACGACGACGACACGUAGUGAGAGCGCACAUGGAAGUUUCGACAAGGACAUUGAGCUGGGAGAGUGGUACGGACAGGACAAGUACACCAAAGCAAAAGAGACAAAGUCUGAGAAGAAGGCAAAAAAGUCGAGUGCUGAUGACGAAAGUAAAUUGCCGUUUGUCGCCCGCACCGUCAUAACAGUAUUGACGUUCGCAUUCAAGACUGUGGUGUUUGUCUUGAAAAUUGCGUUCAAGAUUGUUGCGGGUGUCAUCGUUAUGAUUACGAGAAACUUCAGCAAAUUAUAA